AUGGGAUUUCCCAGGCAAGAAUCCUGGAGUGGGUUGCCAUUUGCUUCUCCAGGGGAUCUUCCCGACCCAGGGAUUGAACCCAUAUCUCCUGCUUGGUGGGCGGUUUCUUUACCACUGAGCCACCUAGGAAGCUUAACUAUGUUAUCUUGCUUUAACUGUAUGGUUAAAUCCUAUUCUGUCAUUUUUUCAAAAGAUGGAAGAAGAUAUUAUGAGACACAUUUCUUUAACAAAUGCUCAUUGCUUGAGAGUAUUUUAAUUAAGCAGAGUUCUUUGGGGCUUUUAGAUUACAACUUGAUUUCAUGCCAGUUUUUUUUUUUUUUUUUUAAUUUGGUACAUUUUAACCUCUCCCUUCAGGAAUAUGAGCAACUCAAAUAG